AAAGAAUAUAAACAUAACAAUUAUAAAAUAAAAGUUUUAUUACAGAGAAAUGGAAACAGUUGCUGGUGAAUGCAGGUUCUGCUUGGAUCGGCUAUCAGACAGCAAACAAUCUAUCGAACAUCCCCAAAUAAAGCAACAGAUAAAAGCUGUAUUUCGGUUUUCGGUUGAGCCCAGAAUUGGAUAUCCUUCGGAUAUUUGUCAACAAUGUUCAUGCACUAUAGCGGAUAUUUAUGACUACACAAAAAAAGUUGAACAAAAUCAAAACAAACUUUAUGAUAGACUUGGUGAAAGUCAAAAUUUUAUUCCUAAUCCUCACUUUAUAGCCGUUAAACAUGAACCUGUAGAGCAAUGGGAGGCAUUGGUGGAAAGCAAUGAGUUAAGCGGGGAAGAAACCGAAAAAGUAAAAACGGAACUGCCUAAUGCAAUACAAACAGAAACCAGCGCUGAAGAGUCUACAGAUGAAGAGCCUCCGGACAAGUCUCGGAAAGUAUUAUCUAAUGAGAUAAGUGAGCACUUAUACAAGACGAAGCGUAAUCAGACCAAACGAAAAAGCCUCGAAGAUUGUUUAUCACAAGAAGUGCUAAAGCAGGAAAACUUUCAAAUAGAAGAAUUUUUUUCUUUAAAUUGUGAUGUAUGCGGUGAGUGUCCAUCAGACCUAGCUGCACUGAAAAUGCAUUUUCGGAAAAAUCAUCAUAAAUCGGCCUACAUUAUAUGUCACUGCGAGAAAAGACUUACUACACGGAGGCGAAGUUUGCUACAUCACAUGGCAUGGCACAAAAAUCCAAAUGUUUUCCGGUGUGAGUUCUGUAACAGAUGUUAUAAAACCAAGGAAUCUUUAACAGUCCAUCAGGCGAAAUCUCAUGAAAUAGGAAAAGGGGGUCUGUUCAAGUGCGACCAAUGUACGCGAAGAUUCAUGAAGGAAAGUACUCUAGAAACUCAUAAAUUGACUCAUAAAAAAGUUCAAUGUAUGCAGUGCGAUGCAAUGUUAGCUAACAAAGAGUGCCUUAAGGCACAUAUUGUAAAUAAACAUAGUGCAAAGGAUCGAAGAAUGAUUUGUGAUACAUGCGGUCAAGAGUUUUUGGACAAAAUUUCGUUUGAGCGCCACACUAUGAGACACAUGGGCAUCGAGGUAUUGAAAAAGGUUCAGUGCCAAAUUUGUCAACAGUGGAUCAAAGGAGAACGAGGACUACGGUUGCAUAUGUUCAGCUUACACUACGAAGGUGAACAAACGUGCGAUAUUUGCCAACGCAAAUACCCAAACAGUCGGACUUUGCGCAACCAUAAAAGAACUGUACACAUCGAUGGAAAAUUCGAAUGCGAUUUUUGUGAGAAAAAAUUCAAACAGUCAAUCAGCUUGAAGGAACACCGGGCCACCCACACAGGUGAGGUCUUAUAUUCUUGUGAAUACUGCAGCAAAGGCACAAAUUCCAAAUCGAACUUGUAUGUUCACAUCAAGAAAUCUCAUCCUGUGGAAUGGGCGGAGAAACGGCAAAAAAUAUCUGAAAAUGAUAACAUUCCGGCGUAA